AAUAACCACUUUCAAAGAAUUUCCCUAAUGAUAUAUUUCCAUACCGCAUUUAUAUUCUGUGUCCACUUGUAAAAUUCAUAUAUCUAUAAUCUUUUACACUUUCUUUCAUUCUUUAUUUCUACCACUCUUGAGAUGAUGGGUUUUCUUAGUUAAAAGAUGAAAGAUAUGGAUAGAUAGUCGACAAGAGUCAGGGGAGGGUGUUCGUUUAUCUAUUGCAUCUUUCUUUCAUGCCGCUUUAGGGUUGUAAAAUGGUGUUCUGUAUUAUGGGCCGUUUCUCUUAUAUAUUUACCACAGGAGAUGAAACGACCCCCCCAGCAAACACAUCAUUAUUUUUUUCCGCACUUUCACAACCUGAGACUGGGCCUGAAGCUAGUUCUCGGAAUGUCUCGGAAAUGAACCCCGGGUAUUCAAGCUCUCUUAGGGCGUUCACACUUGCUGAGCUCAAUAGAGCCACUGAAAACUUUAAAGAGUCUAACAAGAUUGGGAAGGGAUUUUUUGGGAUAGUAUACAAGGGUGUGGUCAAGAGCUUAAAAUCCCCGUAUAAUGAUAUUUGUGUGGCCGUGAAGCGGGGAAGAAGAGGACGAGGAAAAAGAGAGCAACAGGAAUUCAAGCAGUGGAAGACAGAAAUAAAAGUUCUUGGGAAGAUUAAGCAUCCAAACCUUGUAAACCUUGUUGGUUACUGUAAUGAAGAUUCCGGAAAUGAAAACAACUGGCUUUUGGUCUAUGAAUAUAUGCCUAAUGGAAGCUUAGAUGAUCAUUUAUCGGGUAGUUCAAAACCACCUCUGUCAUGGCUCGUGAGAUUAAAGAUAGCCCGGGAUGCUGCAGCUGGUUUGACAUACCUACACGAGGGAAUGGGAAUGGGAGAGAAAUACCAGCUAAUCUUCAGAGAUUUCAAGCCCUCUAAUAUUCUUCUAGACAGCCAAAUGAAUGCUAAGCUUUCUGACUUCGGGUUUGCUAGGGACGGUCCUCAAGAUGGGCGGACUCAUGUCUCAACAUUGGUGGUUGGAACAAAGGGAUAUGCAGCUCCAGAAUAUGUCCAAACUGGCCGUCUAACAUCCAAAGUUGACGUAUGGAGCUAUGGAAUCUUUCUACAAGAGCUUAUCUCAGGUCGACGCCCAGUUGCCCAGACACACUCUGAGGACAAUUCUAAAUUCUUGAGGUGGACAUGCUGUUACGCAGGUGAGGGAAGUUCAAGGCCAAUACCUGACCCGAGGCUUGGAAGCAGGUACUCUGAGAGAUCAAUGCAAUUGGUAACUUCCAUAUCCGAAAAGUGCUUGCUCAAGGACCCAAAGUUGAGGCCAACAAUGGGGGAGGUACUGCAUUUGGUGGACGAGGCUAUCGCAUUGGAAAAUCAGCAAUCUCUAAAUGGUGGCAGGACUUAAAAACUCGGUAUGCUAAAAAUUCGUUGUAACAUAUAUAUGAAACUGAAAGAUAUAUAUCUCAGACUUUUUUCCAUUCGAUUCCUGAUGCUUUCUCCAUGCAUUAUUGUGUUAAGGUUGUGUCGCCUAUUUUUUGACUUGUCAAACCCUCUCCGUGUAAAUUGUUUGAGAUAUAUUCAGGCUGAAUGUUUGAUAUA